AUGGCCAAACCUGCAGCGGAAGCACCUCCCAACGUACCGACGGAACAAGCAGAUCAAGCGCCUCCUGAGGAAGUGAUCCAACAAGCUCCAUCCAGUGCAGCUGCCACUUCACACCAACAGCCCAAGGCUAUUUCUAGUAGAAGGCCCUCGCAGGAAGAGAGGCAGCUGGAGGAAGCUGCUGUGAGGCAAGGGGACCUCCCUGACAGCUCCGCUCCACUUCCUGCUGCUGAGCUCUCAGAUUAUGCAAAGCAGGUGGCUGUGCAGAUCGACCGUGAUUUGCCACGAACGUUUCCUCGUGUGCCAGCGGUGGACCGAGAGCGGGAGAGGAUCCGAAGGGUGCUGCUGGCGUACAGCAGAGCCAAUCCCCAUAUCGGAUACUGCCAAGGCAUGAGCUUUCCCGCUGCAGUGCUUUGCGUGAAUUUAUCUGACCCCAUGGCGGAUGCACGGUUCCAAUCUUGCUUGGAGAAGGUCCGUGAGCUUUGGCUUCCAGGUUUCCACAUUUUUGAGACUGCCAAGCAAGCAUUCGACGUGCUUCUGACCUUUCAGUCAGAAGCUUUGGCUGAGUCCUUUCAGACACAGGAUGUGAUCCUCAAUGCCUUUUUGCUGGAUGCUUGGCUAACUUUGUUUGCUCGUUGGCUUCCCUUUGGCAUGCUCCUGGGCGUUUUGGACUUCGUGGAGCUUCGAGGCUUAGCCGGGAUUUUGUGCUUGAGCGUGGCAGUGGUGGACUCCCAUGGUCAGUCGAUCCUGGGAGCUCCUGAUCCGCUCGUAGAGCUUUGGAAGUCCUUGCAGUGGGAUGAAUCACAGCCCAACCUGGAGACCUUGCUCAAGGUGGCCGAAGGGAUGAUACCCAAAGCAAAUGAACUGCUUGCAGAGCAAUGCACAGUGUCUCGGCCCAUCACCGAUGUGAUGCUGCUGGCCUUCGAGCGACGAGGCCCGCAGAUUGUCCACAUCGACACUGGGGCAGAUAUUCUCGAUCUCCUCUCUGAGGAAUCGUGGGACAGGUGGAAGGCACAAGCUCAGAAGUUCCGCAAAGCCCCUGAAGGUGAGAAAGACAGUAAAGACAGCAGGUCCAUUGUGCGCUGUCAGAUUGAGGAAGGAUCGCAGGUGCUGUUGGAGUGCUGUCUCCCUGAUGGUUUGCACCGCAGUCUCAUGUGCUACUUGGACGUGCGGCGCGUGCAGAGUGCUUGUGCCUGCUGUGGAGGUGGGCGGAAAUCCUUGCUCAUGUCCGGGCCAAGGCGGCGUGAAAAUGCGAUGCAGCGAGACGAGACUCCAAUGAGGGCUGCCACACAAAUGUUCACGAGGGAUACUCAUUUUGUUCCCUUGCGGCAUAGUUUGAAGUCCUCCGAGCGCUUGCGGUCUGUGCCCGGCGCUGCGUCUCGAACCUCACUGGCACAGUCACCGCCAAGGAGCCGAGAGCAAAAGAUCGAAAUGAAUUCAGCGUCGGCCCCUGCUGGGCGUGCGCGGACUGUGUCCCCGCACGGAGUGCCAGUAGGUUAUGUAUACCAUUCACAUGUGGGCUUCGAUCGCGCAAAGACGCCUUUGCACUUCAACAUCCCGAUGCCUUAUGCCCAUGAGGUGCGUGUCUCCUUGCAGAACCUCAUGGGCUACACCUUUGAUCCAAAGGUCAUGGCAGGUUUUGAAGCGUCAUGGAACUGUGAGGAGUUGGCAAAGAACCUUUGUGAUCUCCUGGUCAAGAAAGGACAGCUCAAGGAGAAGCCAGCAUUUAUUCGGACUGACCGCGAGGCGAAGAUCGCCUCAAUUUUUGAAGGCAUCGGCUUGGAUGGUGCGAAGAUGGAGUCCUUCGACAAUCCUGGCCCUUUGGAGAUGCUUGUGCGAAAGAGCACCAACGGUGAGACUUGGGUCCAGCACGUCUUGGAGGGCUUGGUCAGCACCUGGGCUGGGGAGGUGGCCAAAGCAGCUAAGACAAUGAACAUGGACGAGGCUGCGAAAGAGGAGCUCGCUGCAGCAAAAGAAAAGUCAGCACAACGCCGUGAACGUCUUCAUGAUGACAGAGACAAAGAGGGAGGUGACAAAGAGGGAGGAGACCGCCCAAAGGGCAAAGGCAAAGGUGACCGCAAUGGAGGCGGCUUUCGUGAUCGUAUGGAUCGAGAUCGCGAUGGGGAGGACCGUCGCGAUGGAGGCCGUGAUGGAGGCCGCGAAGGAGGCCGCGAAGGAGGCCGCGAAGGAGGCCGUGAAGGAGGUGGACGUCGACAAGGCGGUGCAGAAAACAUGGACUGCUAUAACUGUGGUCAAUUGGGCCACAGCUCACGGGAUUGCCCUGAACCACGCAAGGAGAAAGGAAAGGGCCGUGGCAAAGGCUACAAAAACCGUGAAGAGCAGCAAUGCUUCAACUGCAAGCAGUAUGGCCAUCGGUCGCGCGAUUGCCCCGAACCUCCAGACGAGGAGCUUGUUCGCCAACGCUUAGCUGCCAAGGCAGAGAAGGAGCGACAGUCUCGUGGAGAGUAG